AGGCGUCGCGUUAUCCGCGCGGAGUACCGUUACGCCGCGCGUCCCCGACGGUGGUUCAGCGACGCAGCAGCGAUUAUCCGCCUCCGGUGCGGGCGUCACGCGCGGUGCGGGCGCGGGUACGCGCCGACGGGCAUGCGAUUCGGGACACUCCCGUCGGAACUUGCCCAACUUGCCGACGAGACCGACGAGGGAUCCGGCGCGUCCGGGAGCGACGGAGGAUAGCCGAGUGCCGAAACGUCCUAGUCCCACCCACGACAUGGCCAAGAACGUAGGGGAGAGUCGGAUACCUGUUCCACGGGCAGCACGACCGUCGUUCUUCCCGAAAUCGAGAGUACUUGAGGCGUCGAGGCUCCUGACGGGAAGUCGCCGAUCAACGAUCUUCUCGGGAUGCUUUCAGUUUAACAGCGAGGACGAGUCCCCCACUCCGCGGGAGUUCUCGGGAUUCUCGACGUCUUCGCCCAACAAAACCGAUUCGGCGGCAGAUCGGACAUUCACGAUAUCACCUGUGUGGGACAUCGACAAGAAUGAUGUGCAACAACUGGUACAUCUCAGCGAGGAGAAAAGCAGUCUAUUCAGGCUACUUGAAGAUUCUCAGUUGAGCAUGAUCGAGGAUGUCGGUGACACGUGUCUCGUAGAAUCGGGCCUGGGCAAUUACAACGAUGCGAGCGCAGCGCCGCAUUAUUUGAUGCUGAACAAACAGAAUUCCUUCGAACACGACGAAAGUCUUGGUAUAUUGACACCGGACCAGAUGACCGACUUCACGGUGGCGUUGGAAUGCUCCAGGACACCAUCCUGCGAGAAUCUCACCGGAUCGGCCGGCUCGAAAUUGGCAUUGACCCGAGCGUCUGCGUCGACGAGGCCGCUGGUGGACGUGGAACCCGCGGAGGAGGGCUGUACCGAGAGAACCCCAUCGCCGGAAGAAUUACCGCUCGAUCCUAAACCCGUGGAGCCAAUCAGAGGUAACGCCGUGCCGGUGAGCUUCGUCACGUCGGUCACGAGUAUCACUAGUCUCGAGGCGGGCUACCAGGGAGACGGCGAGAACUCGAGACCGGCCAGCCGCGGCGCGGAUCCACCAUCCAUGGCAGUGGCGCCGGUCAAUCUUCCUGCGCCCUGUCGUCAAAAUCCGAUGACCGACUCGGACUUCUUCACCGAGAGCGACGCGGACGCGCACGAGGAGAUCGUGCGGGGCGACAGGAAAGCGCAGGUGAUCGACGGCACGCUGUUCUGCGCACCGGGUGAACGCGUAUGCCCCAGCUUCACCGGAGAAGAGAUGGACUCGAGCGGGAUUUAUUCAGACUUGGACAAGCUACAAGCACCUGGUGAACAGGCGCCGGAAGAGAACGACGACCAUACCCCCGAUACCGGAGAUACCGAGCUCUCUCAGAGGAGUCAACCUUCACCUAUCGCGGCGAACGUUAUCAUGGAUUACUUACAGAGUUCCGCAAAGGCAUCGGAUGAAACGAGCAACGUGAACGACACCACGACCUCUGUCGAAGUCACAGUGAUCGAAAAAAUUGAGAAAAAUGACAACAUCAGGCCCAAAUCACAAAGCAAGGCCGAUACGAUGCCUUUGAAAAAAUAUAAAAUGCCGAAGAGAAACGUCGUCUCGAAGAUCAAGGCGAUGAUCGAGUCAUCUCCGAAAGAUGAUGCGGAAAAAGAGGCGAGACGCUCUCAGAGAUCAACUAGAAAAGGCGGGCGCUGGGACGCUGUGAUGAACAAGAUAGAGGCUGGCAAAAAUGAGCAGAGAACGAGAUCAGUUAGGAAAGAAGUGAAAUCGAGAGUUUUGCAGAAUCUCACUUUGUCACCUUCCGCGAGGCCAACGUCGAAGAAAGCCGGCGAUGCGAAUAACAACAACAAUAAGGAUAAACGGAGGACGCGUGGCUGGCAAGAAAUGAAAUCACCAAUACAGGAAACGGCUAGAAGUUCUGUUCGCAGUUCCAUGAGCGACCUCAGUAGUGGUCCAAGUAAAGACCUGUCAAAGCGAUCACCGACGUCCGCGAACCCGCCCCGGAGAUUCGUCUCGAACGGCCACGCCGCCAGUCAGGUCCGCGUAAAUAGUUUCGACGCGAAGAAGAACUGCAUCGACGUGGCGACGGUGGAGCUCGAGAAGAGCCCACCGUCGGCGCGAAAGCCAGCGAUAACAAGGAGAUUAACGGCCAACGCCACAGUGAAACAGAAAUCCUCCGUGGCGUCGAUAAAAGAUCGUGAGUCGAAGGAGGCGCUCCACAACACCACCUACACGGUAACGGCGAGGACGUCGCCGGAGACGCGUGAUCAGGCCGCACAGACUACCGUGCCCUACGUGGAGUUCCGCGUGGAGCAAGCGGAACGGGCCGCACAAGCGCUCGCGGUGAGCGUGCGUUACUUGGCGUUCGAGCUCGAUGCGUUUGCCACUCCCAAACUGAAGAAGGAUUUCGAGAAGCUGAAGGCCGAUUGCGAGGAGAUGAAGAAUGAGCGAUCGGCCCUGCUUUCGGAGAUCGACGUUUUGCGCGCGAGAUGUGUCAGCAUGGAGGAGAGACUCGAGGUGGAGAGGGAGGACCACCGUAAAGCUCUGGACCAGCUUCGCGACGAGUUGGAGGCUCACAGGACGAAACAGGUUACCUCGCUCGUCGAAACUGUGAAAGAGGAAAGGCACAAGUACGACGUUAGACUGGACGAAGUUACAAGGGAGCAUCGCGCGACAAUUGCGAAAUUGCGCGCCGAGCAGGUCAACGAGCUGACUCGUAAAGAGGAGAUGAGAAGAUCCGUGGUUCACGAUCAGGGUGCCGCACUGAUGGCGGAGAUCGAGUCACUGAGAUCCGUGCUCGAGCUGAAGAGUCAGGAGAACGCGGCACUUCGAUCAGAGCUGGACAGUUACAGGCGCGACAUCGAGCAGAAGGACGCCUUGCAGAUGCGGCUCGAUAUGGCGGAGGCCAGAUGCGAGGACCUGAAGGCUCAGCUCCAACGGAAGGAAUCCUUCGAACGGCAGAUCUCGCACGAGAACGAGAUGCUUCACGAAUCGAUUCACCAAGUAUCGAAACACAACAAGCGCUUGUCGCAGCGGAACGAGGAGCUACAGUGGAAGCUGCGAAAUAAGAACGAUUGGGUGAGUGUUCUUGCGAAUCAGCUGAAUCCACGGUUAACUCGAUCCGCGGGUGCGGAACAGAUGGAACACAAUUAUUCGCUCGACAAGAACGGCGCUCAUUCGUCGUCGAUGAUGAAAUUCAUGGUCGAGAAGGGCGCCUCCGUCUCUUGGACGCUGGAAAUCGAUGAUCUGUCGAAGGGGACAUCCGACUCGCUUAGCACAUUGCCGAAAGUAGCCAGGUCCUCUGAAGGCGUGACGACAGUCUCUAGGCAAGGAUCGCUCAGGUUGACGCCGAACGCUAGGCCUGCCAUGGAUACCAGAGCGAGAUCAAAGAGCAUCUCCACCACGUGCGAUUCGGCGCGGACCGCGGCGGCGGAGGAAGCGGCCGCGUGGUCGCCUUCGUUUAGCUCGACGCCGGUCCCGCGGCGACGUCCUAGGAAAGAGCAAUCGUCGCCUUCCUCGUCAUCCUCUUCAUCGUCUUCCACGUCGUCUACGGCGCCAGCCGUCAAUUCCACAGUGGCCGCCGCGGUGGCGGCCGCUGCAGCGGCGGCGGUGGCGGCGGCGGAUGAUUGUAACGUCGGUGGCGGUCAGAGACCCCAAGAGGCUGGCGGGGAAGCGAUGAUCUCCGAGGAAACGUCGGCUUCCAGCAGCGAGGACGAGUCGUCCACCGGUAGCGAUAUCCCGCGGCUGGGAAUACAGUUUGCUUGGGGCAAACCGAUCAAGUAACACUCGAGCGAACCAUUGCGGCCUGCCUGUCUACGCGUUCCUUCGCCCGCGUAACACAAUGCUGUUUUUCGAAUCGCGAGUUAUCGUACGGCCGCUGUCUCUGUUCUCUUGCCUACACAGUGGAGUCGUUCCUCGACGUGCAUUCAUUGCGGACCUUCGUUGAUCAUUCCCCCUUCGUCCGUUUGCAGAUACGUUUUACGUUUCGUUAUUGUGUAACGCCGGCACCGCGCCUCUUUUAUUUUUCCUUCUCCAACCGAUACACAUCCGGCCGAGGUUUCGAGCGAGAGAGGAGUGGCGUUUACAUUUUAAGCAAACGUGCCGCGCGAUUCAAACGAUUCACGCGAUUCCGGAGUAUAACGUUGUAAGUUAGUGAGAUGUUUAAGAGAUGAAUUCCACGAUGUAUUUUAAUGUUACGACUGUAUAAAUUAGACUAGUACGAUUGUUUCCGUGGUUUUCCCAAUUUACGAGGACGUUUCAUCUUCCCCGACAUACACACACACACACGAUUUUUGCAUUGCGAUUUAAGGCAGGGUGGAUUUAAGAUUAGGACCUUCGAAAUCCAUUACGUAAUGAUUUUCCGAUAAUGCAUACAACGAAACUGCUUCGUUUGCUGUAAUCAAGGCAGCCGUACCUUUCUUCCGGGCAAUCUUUCGCCUACGAAGUUCACGACGUACAGAGUCACGCGAGAAAAUUCUCCAUUUUUGUUUUCAUUUGCGGCUUUUUUUUCUUUUUGAAUUUUGACGGACAUUGAAAAAGGGAAGUUCAAUGUCGUUCUGGCUGACAGACUUUUAUUGCGGAUCUUUCCGAGAAUUUUACCGGAUAUCCGACUGUCUCUGGACACUUUUAUAAUUACGUGAGUACGUUUUAUAAGCGUCACCUAUUUUUUUUUUCCGUUUUUGGUACAGAGACCACGUAGUAUUUGCGGAGGUAAAAUAUAUAAAUAUAUAUAAGAGCAUGACAAAAGAAAAAUAUUCCUCGUUCCUCGCGAUCAUGCCGAUUUCGUACUUGUGUAAGUCGAUUACUUUACAGAUGAUGCGCGUCGUCUCUUGCGUUUUCCGUUUGUUGCGUUCUCGAGAGAAAGAAAAAAAAUCUGACUGCCGGAAACUCUUCGCCGGCGCGACGUUUGUCUUGUAGCGCGCCUUCGCGCGCAGCGGAACAACCGAAUUCGCGGAUGAUCUACCUGGUAGAUGCAGCAGAAAGAGCAGUGAUAAAACCAUUUAGCGACAAACUUGUAGCACGUUCCGAAAAGAGCGUUAAUUUCACAGUCCGUUCCAAUAGACGAGUGGGUAGUUUAGAUUAUAAAUGAGAGGGAGAGAGCAUCGCGCGCCCGACACACGGAAGCCAAGUAUUACUCACCGAGAAAGUAUGUUUUCUUUUCUCAUGUGUGCUGAUAAGAUCGAUGUAUUAUAUACUUCUCGAAUAAAUAAGUAUCAUCUGAAUUGUAGAGCAA